GUGGAGUGGAGGAGCGCCAGCAGCAUUUACUCCCUGGCCCGCAGCCCAUGCAUGACCCCAGCGUGUCUCUGGCUGCACCUGAGAAAGGGAUCCUUUCUGGAAGUUGGGCUAGUCUCUGCGAAGGAGGAGCGCAGGGAACUGCCCAGGGAGAGGGAUGGAUUGGAGGAGGUGGCAGCCGCUGGCGAGGGGCGGGCACGUCCAGACAGAGCUGAGCCGCGAUGGAAUUAACUCCCUGGCAGCCACAUAAGCCUAUCCAGAGUGGAGCGAGGGCAGCCAAGGGGCUUGGCAUCUGGGGACCAGCACCAUGGCGGCCCCUGGGCUGCGAGACAUCCCUCUGCUCCCUGGAUCUCCACGUCGGCUGAGUUCUCGGACCGUGGCCAGAGGAAGCCAGGGCCCCAAACAUGGGCAGCAGUACCUCAAAGUGCCAGGUCACCGGGCCCCAGGUCAGAGGGACAAUUCCAGCCUACACCCUAGCCAGGUCUCCAGGAGAGAGAGUUCCCGAGACCGUUCUGUCAUCAAUAACUACCUGGAUGCCAAUGAGCCCCCGUCCUCGGAAGCCCGUCUGAGCCGCAUGCACUUUCACGACAACCAGAGGAAAGUCGACUAUGUACUUGCAUACCACUACCGGAAACGAGGCGCACACCUGGGUCACGGCUCCCCUGGACACUCUCUGGCUGUUAUCUCCAAUGGGGAGACAGGCAAGGAGCGCCAUGGCGGGGGCCCUGGUGAUGUUGAACUUGGGCCACUGGAUGCUCUGGAAGAGGAAAGGAGGGAGCAGCGAGAUGAAUUUGAGCACAACCUGAUGGCUGCUGGGCUGGAGCUGGAGAAGGACUUGGAGAGCAAAAGCCAGGGAUCUGUCUUUGUCCGGAUCCACGCCCCAUGGCAGGUGCUGGCCAGGGAAGCAGAGUUCUUGAAGAUCAAAGUCCCCACCAAGAAAAUGUACGAGAUCAAAGCAGGAGGCAGCAUCGCAAAGAAGUUCAGCGCCAUUCUGCAGACGCUCAGUUCACCCCUGCAGCCCAGAGUUCCUGAACACAGCAACAACAGGAUGAAAAACCUCUCCUACCCAUUCUCCAGGGAAAAAAUGUACCUGUACAACAUCCAGGAAAAGGACACCUUCUUUGACAAUGCUACCCGGAGCCGCAUUGUACACGAGAUUCUGAAGCGGACGGCCUGUUCUCGAGCCAACAACACGAUGGGUAUUAACUCUCUAAUAGCAAACAAUAUCUACGAGGCUGCCUACCCGCUUCAUGAUGGUGAAUAUGACAGUCCAGGGGAUGACAUGAAUGACAGAAAGCUGCUGUAUCAGGAAUGGGCACGCUAUGGAGUGUUUUACAAAUUUCAACCCAUUGACCUCAUCAGGAAGUAUUUUGGAGAGAAAAUUGGGCUAUAUUUUGCUUGGCUGGGGUUGUAUACAUCAUUCCUGAUCCCAUCUUCUGUCAUAGGCGUGAUUGUGUUUCUUUAUGGAUGUGCAACAAUCGAGGAAGAUAUUCCCAGCAAAGAGAUGUGUGACCACCAGAAUGCCUUCACCAUGUGUCCCCUGUGUGACAAGUCCUGUGACUAUUGGAACCUCAGCUCAGCCUGUGGGACUGCACGGGCCAGUCAUCUGUUUGACAAUCCAGCCACCGUCUUCUUUUCCAUCUUCAUGGCUCUGUGGGCUACCAUGUUUCUGGAAAACUGGAAGAGACUCCAGAUGCGGUUGGGCUACUUCUGGGACCUGACUGGGAUCGAAGAGGAAGAAGAACGUUCCCAGGAACACUCUCGGCCUGAAUAUGAAACCAAAGUACGAGAGAAACUGUUAAAGGAGAGUGGCAAGUCAGCGGUUCAGAAGCUGGAAGCAAAUUCACCUGAGGAUGAUGAGGAUGAUGAAGAUAAACUGACUUGGAAAGAUCGUUUCCCAGGAUACUUGAUGAACUUUGCCUCCAUCUUGUUUAUGAUUGCCCUGACGUUCUCCAUUGUCUUUGGGGUCAUUGUGUAUCGGAUCACAACUGCAGCUGCCCUGUCUCUCAACAAGGCCACACGCUCCAAUGUCCGGGUGACAGUGACUGCAACAGCAGUCAUCAUCAACCUCGUGGUCAUCCUCAUCUUGGAUGAGAUCUAUGGUGCUGUGGCCAAGUGGCUUACCAAAAUCGAGGUUCCGAAAACAGAACAGACUUUUGAAGAACGGUUGAUCCUCAAAGCUUUCUUGCUCAAGUUUGUCAAUGCCUACUCCCCCAUCUUCUAUGUGGCCUUUUUCAAGGGGAGGUUUGUGGGCAGACCUGGAAGCUAUGUCUACGUGUUCGACGGUUACCGCAUGGAAGAGUGUGCUCCGGGAGGCUGUCUCAUGGAGCUGUGCAUCCAACUCAGCAUCAUCAUGUUGGGCAAGCAGCUGAUCCAGAACAAUAUCUUUGAGAUUGGAGUCCCGAAGCUAAAGAAACUCUUUCGGAAGCUGAAAGAUGAGACAGAGCCUGGAGAAAGUGACCCUGACCACUCAAAACGUCCAGAGCAGUGGGACCUGGACCACAGCCUAGAGCCUUACACUGGGCUGACUCCUGAGUACAUGGAAAUGAUCAUCCAGUUUGGUUUUGUCACCCUUUUUGUGGCCUCCUUUCCUCUGGCCCCUGUGUUUGCUCUCCUCAACAAUGUCAUUGAAGUGCGGCUGGAUGCAAAAAAGUUUGUUACAGAACUGAGACGCCCAGAUGCUGUGAGGACCAAAGACAUUGGAAUUUGGUUUGACAUUCUCUCUGGAAUUGGCAAGUUCUCCGUCAUCAUUAAUGCUUUUGUCAUUGCUGUCACCUCCGACUUUAUCCCCCGCCUUGUGUACCAGUACUCCUAUAGCCACAACGGGACACUACAUGGCUUUGUGAACCAUACACUCUCCUUUUUCAACGUCAGUCAGCUGAAGGAGGGAACACAGCCUGAAAACUCACAGUUCGACCAGGAGGUUCAGUUUUGCAGGUUCAAAGAUUAUCGAGAACCACCAUGGGCACCAAACCCUUAUGAGUUUUCCAAGCAGUACUGGUCUGUUUUGUCUGCCCGUCUGGCCUUUGUUAUCAUCUUCCAGAACCUAGUGAUGUUCCUGAGUGUCCUGGUGGACUGGAUGAUUCCGGAUAUCCCCACUGACAUCAGCGACCAGAUCAAGAAAGAGAAGAGCUUGCUGGUAGACUUCUUUCUGAAGGAGGAGCAUGAGAAGGUCAAGCUGGCUGAUGAGCCCACCCAGAGGAGCCAGGGAGGUGGGGAUCGGAGCAGGAGGAGCCGUGCAGCCAGCUCUGCACCAUCAGGCCGGAGCCAGCCAGGCAGCAUAGCAUCCUCAGGGUCCCAGCACACCAAUGUAUGAGUCAUUGGCAGCAGAGGAGGGCAUGUUAUGGCGAAACGCAUGAGUACACCAUAUGUUCCUAUAACACAGUGGUACCUCUUCUGCUGGGAACUGGCUUAAGGGUGUCUCCAAAAGGAAGUUACAGAAAGGGAAAUAGAGUGAGAGAGUGCAGGAGGGAAGGAAGCCGUAUAGCUUCUCAAAAAAGCUAGAAGCUUGUGUUUCUUUUAGGUUGACUUUUGAGCUGUGUCCUUUCAGGGAGUUGGUACCCCAUGGGGGUCACUUCACCAUAGAAUUUUCUCGGGUCCUUUCUUAUUCUUCACCAUCAUCUUAGGUGAAAGAAGUUCAGUGAGGGUCCCAUCCAUCCUAGCACCCAUCUAACUGAUCACACCCCCUUCCUACUGUCACCCUGGAAUAACCUCUCAGAGACACUUGUGAAUGGGGCCACAACAAGGCUGGGCAGAUGCAAAUGAAGUUACAGGAUUGAUUUCUGUGGCCACUGGACCUGGUGGUAAGGAAGAAAGGUCCUGUCCAGGUUUGUCUGCAGCUCCUAUGACAAGGAUGCAUAUAAUGCAACUCACCACCGUUUUAUGCAAGUUCUGGUUUAAAAUAAAAUAAAUGGAAAGUCUUUUUUUUAAAAAAA